ACUAGUUGUAAAUAUAAAUAGCGCCUCCUUACCCCUUCUACUAGCUUUAAGCCACUUACUACUCUCUCAUCCUCGUUAAUUAAUUAACUCUCAACUUCUUCACUAAUGGAUGUUCCUGCAACAUUCUUCACACAUUUUGCUUUCUUCUUCCUCUUAUUGUUAUCAUUAUUAAGCUUUUGCUUCCAUGGGUCUUUCGCCGACUAUGGAGACUGGCAAAGUGCGCAUGCCACCUUCUAUGGAGGGAGUGAUGCUUCUGGUACAAUGGGGGGUGCUUGUGGUUAUGGCAAUUUGUAUAGCCAAGGAUAUGGAACCAACACUGCAGCACUAAGCACAGAACUAUUCAACAAUGGCUUGGCAUGUGGAUCUUGCUACGAGCUCACUUGCAGCAAUGACGCUCCAUGGUGCCUUCCGGGGACUAUUUCUGUCACUGCCACAAAUUUCUGCCCUCAAAAUCCAUCCGAGCCGAAUGACAACGGUGGAUGGUGCAAUCCUCCACGCCAGCACUUCGACUUGGCUGAGCCUGCCUUCUUGCAAAUAGCUCAGUACAGAGCCGGAAUUGUCCCUGUUUCAUUCCGAAGGGUGCCCUGCAGCAAGAAAGGAGGAAUAAGGUUCACAAUAAAUGGAAAUUCUUACUUUAACUUGGUUUUGGUGACAAACGUUGGGGGUGCUGGGGAUGUUAAUUCAGUCUCUAUUAAGGGGUCUGAUUCUGAAUGGCAGACAAUGGCAAGGAAUUGGGGCCAAAAUUGGCAGAGCAAUUCCUAUCUUAAUGGUCAGAGUCUUUCAUUUCAAGUGACUACAAGUGAUGGAAGGACUAUCACAAGCUACAACAUUUCACCAGCUAACUGGCGAUUUGGACAAACUUUUGAAGGAGUUCAAUUUUAAUUUUAGCAAAAAUAUUUAGUCGUGAAAGAACCAAAAAAGGAAAAGAAAUAAAAAAUGAAAUGAGAGGCUUUCACCUGUCAGUUUGUGAAGAAUUGCAUUUUGAAUCCUUUCCACUGCAAGUUUUUAUCAUUUUUCUGAUAUAUAGUUUGGUGGUAUUUAUCAAACAGAAGGCGUCUUUAGAUUA